CCCUUCUGUUCUUAAAGACUUAAUCUAAAUUGGUCAUGGAAGAAGUCCUGUUUUGUCACUCUCUGAUUCAACCAAACUCAAUUCAACUUCAAUUAGCAUUCUGAGAGUGUGUCCAUUAAAGUAAAGUUAUUAGGAUGGUAAGUGUGUGAAGUAACUUUUUUAUGCGUUGCUUUUCAGGAGUAGAAAGGAGGUUUACCAGUCUUAGGUGACUAAGAAGUUUCACAAAUAAACCUUCCAGCAAGUUUAAAAAUAAUUAGGCCCAACUCAGAGGAAGAUGUCUAGCGGCUCCAGUGAAAUCGAUGUGAUAAGAACUCGAAUACCUGCUUAUGAUGAUGAUAAUACUGUUCUUUAUGCGUAUGAACCAAAUACUGCAUUUACCAGUACUGACAAUCUUCUAGCUGAUAUUGAAGUGCCACCAAAAACAGUGACGGAUGUCCUAGACCGUUGCCAGAUCAUAGAGGAGACCCUCCAGAACCUAAGUAGGAAGUGCGACCAGAUUCUUGGAAAGGUUUCAAAGAUCUACCGUUGCCGUGUGAAAUCCCUGUGGCAAGGUCGUAAGCCGUUUGGAUAUGCUUACAAGAAUUAUAAUUAUCUUCUGGCUAGAAAGCUUAAGUUUCAGAGAAGAAGGAGGAGGAGGAGGGGGCUUUCCGAGUCAUUCUCCCACCCUGAAAGUUACAGCCCCACUGUACCAGUGGGGCGGCGUGAUGAUCGCCUGAGCUUCCGUGUGAGAACACCUUAUAAUUCUGAUGAUUCCCAGCUGCCACCAGAGUCACCAUUCAGGGAGCAACCAAUCAGAGAGCAGGUGCUAGAGAAGAACCUCAACCAGAAUCCAGCAAUCUUCCAGCAUGCUUUUCAGCCAUAUAUCCCCACAACCGAUGAAGAAAUGCGGCCCUGUAUGAAUACAUCGGCCCCCUAUCCGAGCCCUGGGCUUCACAGUACCAGCACCAACCUCUCGCCUACUCGGCCUUCCUCAGUAGUACACACAUCCAUGCUGAGCUCAGAAGAAGGCUGCCUGACCCAGAAUACUAGCUGCCUGACCCAGAAUACUAGCUUCCUGGCUCCGAAUACUAGCUGCCUGACCCAGAAUACUAGCUUCCUGGCUCCGAAUACUAGCUGCCUGGCCCCAAGUACUAGCUACCUGACGCAGAAUCCUAAGAUGAUAAGUUACGCCUCUCUAAUGGAAGAUAAACAUUGUGGGUCACCGCGCAGGGUCCCUCGUGGCUUCGCUACGAGCUCACCCCUUCAUCAUGACCGUGAUAGGCUGAAACCAAUCUUCUCCGUAGACCCUUCAACCUGGUCUGUGGAAGACGUGGUCACUUUUCUGAAGCAAACCGAUGUUCCUAUGUCAAACCUUAUCAGCGACCUCGUCAGGCACCAUGACAUUGAUGGAAAGGCCCUGCUACUGCUCAAGAGUGACAUGAUGAUGCAAUAUAUGGGCCUGAAGCUGGGGACAGCUGUGAAGCUAUGCUACUACAUUGAAAGACUUAAAGAACAAAAAUACUAUGAUAUUUAAAAAAUGAUUCUGCCAACUGAGAUAGGGCUUACUUUGGGGAGUACCAAUGCCUUCUUGAUGGAAACUCAUUUGUCUGCUCUUAGUAGUUUUUGUUUUGUAGGAAGUUCCUCUAAAAAUACAUUAGAUUCAGAAUUGCAGAACUAAAUUAUAGUCUAGUCUACUUCUUUAAAAACCAUAUAACAUGUUAGUUUUAGCGUGGUCAAAUAGGAAGUUUGCUCUUUACAUUGUAUUAUUUUCAUUGGAUAGUUUACAAAUAUACUUCAUGCCGGAAAGAGCAAAAAAACCUUUGCUUUUGGUUCAUCUUUAUAUGUAGAACCAAAACAGCUAAAAAAGGAAAUAGCAGGGAUUGACAGCUUCUAUAAUUAAAUCCAUGAGAAUUUUUCCACAGAAGAGAAUUUAAAGGUAGCUUAUACUUACCUCUUUCUCAAAUACUUUGAUGCUGAUGGCAACAUUUUGCUCAUGCUCUACCAAUUUCCAUAAAGGCAAUAGCCAUAUAGAUUAUUUAUCUUUAAAAAUGUUCUUACUAAUUUGCAGAUAAGUUAUAGAUAGAAUAGGUUAUA